AUGCAUGAACAUGCUCUUCAAUGUAUUAAUGAAUAUUUUGUCGCAUAUCAAUUACAAUUAGAGGAAAUUGUUAAAGAAGUAGAAAUUUGUUUACCAAACAAAUUGUGUGAACAUUGUGAUGAGAUUGAAAAACGUUCUUUGGCACAUUGUAAAACAUCAUGGUGGAAAAAAUGCUAUGAUGCUGCAGUUCAAAAUGAUUUUCCUGGUUUUCUAUCAUCAACUGCUGCCUUUGAAUAUAUUAAUAUAGCUGUAGAAAAUGAAAUAAUAAAGCCGAUCUUAAAUGAGACGAUAUUAAAAAAAAAGUAA